AUGGUCAACAUUCCUAAGACCCGCCGCACUUACUGCAAGCACAAGACUUGCAAGAAGCACACCCCCCACAAGGUUACCCAGUACAAGAAGGGCAAGGACUCGCUCUCCGCCCAGGGUAAGCGUCGUUACGACAGGAAGCAGAGCGGUUACGGUGGUCAGACCAAGCCCGUCUUCCACAAGAAGGCCAAGACCACCAAGAAGGUUGUCCUUCGUCUUGAGUGCACCUCGUGCAAGUCCAAGCACCAGAUCUCUCUCAAGCGCUGCAAGCACUUCGAGCUCGGCGGUGACAAGAAGCAGCGCGGCGCUGCGAUCUCUUUCUAA